UUGUAUCACUAUCGCAUCUCUGGGCAGGUUUCCUCAUGCCUAUCUGAUAAUGACUUAUCUACAUUCAGUCAAUGUGGGAUGAUAAAAGUCUCAAUAACACCCCUGCAUAUGCUCAAGCUUUACUGUUUUGGACCGUCACCAAUACCAGCAGCUAUUAUUAAUACAAACACAGCCGGUUUAGCUGCAGACUGUUUGUGUAUCAGGUCUUCUUCACCUCGAGAAGCCGUAACCUUUGGUCAAGUUUGUUGGUGGAUCUUUAACUGGUCCAACACGACCUCACGAUUGCGAAAGUCUCAGAAGCUCAGGAUGUACGCAAGUCUCCUAUAGGCUGGUCUUUUCUCCAGGGGGCAACAGUCGAGCACCUGCGCGGGGGCGAAGGUUGAUCCAGGUCUUUGCUGCACCUGACAGAUACUAUCAAUCAGCUCUGCCACAGAACAAGCAAAUUCAGGAUGAGUGACCAAGAGAGUGCGGUUGAAAGCAAUGGUGUUGCGAUCAUGGAAGUUAAAGAUGAGAGCAUCUCACAGACUCUGUCAGACUCGACAAACCUAAAAACUCACUCUACUCUCAUCCUCAACGGAGACACCACCAAAGCUGAGCUCAGCUCCAGCUCCGGGCUGGAAGAUGCCACUGAGCGACUUUCACUAGAAGAGCCCAAGGCAGUUCCCCUGACGUCCAAUGCACCGGCAACUCUGGCACCAGCUGACCAGCUAUGGAGCAGCAGCAGAGACAAGGCGGUCCGGCUGAAGAUGGAGGGCUCGGGUCCGGCCUCGGAGACUCCAGUCACCGUCCAUCAGAGGUUCCUGGAGACAGCAGAAAAGUACGGGGAUCAUCCAGCCUUGGCUUUCAAGAAGGAGGGUCAGUGGGAGACCCUGACGUGGAGGCAGUACUAUGAGCAGUGCCGGGCAGCAGCGAAAAGUUUCCUCAAGUUGGGGCUGGAGCGAUACCGUGGUGUGGGGAUUCUGGGAUUUAACUCCCCCGAGUGGUUCAUCUCAGACAUCGGCUGCAUCUUUGCCGGGGGUCUGGCAACCGGUAUUUACACCACCAACUCGCCUGAAGCUUGUCGUUAUGUGGCCGACAGCUGUGAGGCCAACGUCAUGGUGGUGGAGGACAAGAAACAGCUCGAUAAAAUCCUGCAGGUUAAAGAUCAGCUACCUCAUCUGAAAGCCAUUGUCCAGUACAAAGGCGAGGUGCAGCAGAAAGCGCCCUUCCUGUAUUCAUGGGCAGAGUUCAUGAAGCUGGGGGAGGACGUCCCCGACGCGCAGCUGAAUGCUGUGAUCGACAGUCUUCGGGCCAACGAGUGCUGUACUCUCAUCUUUACCUCUGGAACCACCGGCAACCCUAAAGGAGUCAUGUUGAGCCACGACAAUCUGACAUGGACGAGCCGUACAGCAGCUACCCCUCUAGAUAUAAGAUACGCUGAGGAGGUUGUGGUCAGUUACCUGCCGCUCAGCCACGUGGCAGCCCAGCUAUGUGACAUGUGGAUGGGCGUUAGUUAUGCCAUGACCACCUACUUUGCAGAUCCAGACGCCCUCAAGGGCUCCUUAGUAAACACAAUGAAAGAGGCUCGUCCAACUUGUUUCCUUGGAGUUCCUCGUGUGUGGGAGAAGAUGCAGGAAAAAAUGAAAGCCAUUGGUGAAAAGGCUUCCCCAAUGAGGAGAUCAGUGGCAAACUGGGCUAAGUCCAUAGGCCUGCAGUACAACUACAGUAUCAUGAACGGGGAGAAUCAGGUGCCGUGGGGCUACACGCUGGCUAAUAAUCUGGUUUUAAGGAGGGUCCGUGAAGCACUGGGCUUGGACCGCUGCAAGCUUUGCUUCACAGGAGCUGCCCCCAUCACCAAAGAGACUUUGGAGUACUUCAUGAGCCUGAACAUCCCAUUGUUGGAGUUAUACGGCAUGAGUGAAAGCACAGGCCCACACACCAUCUCCCAACCCAACAACUUCCGCAUCACAAGCUGUGGAAAGUUGAUGGCCGGCUGCAAGACGAAGCUGGAGAACCCAGAUAACGACGGCAGUGGAGAGAUAUGUUUUUGGGGUCGACACGUCUUCAUGGGCUACCUGAACAUGCCUGACAAAACAGCCGAGGCUCUCGACCAGGACGGCUGGCUGCACUCUGGAGAUCUGGGAAGACACGACCAGCACGACUUCCUGUACAUCACAGGAAGGAUCAAGGAACUGAUCAUCACGGCCGGUGGAGAGAACAUCCCUCCUGUGCCCAUCGAGGACGCACUGAAGGCUGAGGUGCCCAUCAUUAGCAACGCCAUGCUGCUCGGAGACAAACUCAAGUUCCUCUCCAUGCUGCUCACGUUUAAGUGCGUCGUGGACGACAACGGUGAGCCCACAGAUGAGCUGAGCCCCGAGGCUUUGGCCUUCUGCAAGCAGCACAACGUCAAGGCGACCAGGGUGUCAGAGAUUAUAGCCAAUAAGGAGCCAGCCAUCUACAGAGCCAUUCAGGAGGGCAUGGAGCGCGUUAACGCCAGAGCGACAUCUAACGCCCAGAAGGUCCAGAAGUGGGUCCCGCUGGAGCGAGACUUCUCCAUCAGUGGAGGAGAACUGGGACCCACAAUGAAACUGAGAAGGCCCAUUGUGGUGAAGAUGUACCAGGAGAAAAUAGACAAACUGUAUGCAGAGGCCACAAAAAAACAGUAGAUUGCACCGCACAGAGAGGAGAUAAUACUGAAGACAGACUUGUGGCAUGUUUAUGAACUUCGUAUUGUCUCCAUGCGUCAUGUUUGGAAAUGUAUAAGUCUAACCCUUCAUCUACGGUGCAGUUUGAUCUGAAAAGUUUUAGAAAAUCUAACACAAUUUAAGAAAAAGAUAUGUUAUAUUUCUCCAUUUUCACUUCUUUGCACCUGAAUGUUAAAAGUGCAAAAGAGACUUAUAAUUUAUAGAGGAUUAGAAGAAAAAAAUCUCGAUUGUGUUCUAUUUAAUGGAAUUGAAGUUUGUGCUGCUGUGUUUUAAUAUGUUUCUGUUGACUGUCCCAAGUCCAUAUUUAAGCUUUUAAAUGUACAUACAGUUUCACAGCAGCUGUGUAGGUUUUGUAAAUAAAACAUCCAAAUCAGAGCCAAAAUCUUGCCAUGUAUUACAUGGCACAUACAAGUGAAUUAUACGCUAUUAUAUAUAUAUAUAUAUAUAUAUUAUACGCUGGGAAACACUGGAUUGUUUGUAAUCAUUUUUACAGUUUAUGAAGGAAAUUUUGUUAACCUACUGUGGCCUAAAAGAUGACACUUUCUUGUCUUGUCAUAAGCAUACCAGUAUGUAUUUUAUUUUUGAAGCAGCAGUAUGUAUUUAAGAUUUUACAGCCUUAAUUGCCAGCCGGUCUCAUCUUGUGAGAUAAUCCCCAUCUGGCAAAGCUGCAGACAUUCCCUCUGAAGACUAGAGGUGAUGUUUUAAUAAGUAUUUUUGCAAUAAUGUAAGAAUAUCAAUGGUGUAAUAAUCUAAUCACAAAUUGUAAAGCAUUUAUCUUAAUUUGUGCUUCUCCAUGUACAGUUUGACAAAUAUUGAAAUGUUUAUUUUGUGAUAGAUGUUUCAUGAUUAUCAAUAAAAAGUGAGUGAUUUGGACAA